AUGGAGAGCGAGGAGGAGCAGCACAUGACCACGCUGCUCUGCAUGGGCUUCUCGGACGCGGCCGCCAUCCGCAAGGCCCUUCGCCUGGCCAAGAACGACAUUAACGAGGCCGUGGCGCUGCUCACUAACGAGCGGCCCGGUCUCCACUACGGCGGCUACGAGCCCAUGGAGAGCGGGCAAGGCCCCCCUGGCGGGCACGGCUCCCCCGCCGGCGGGCAAGGCCCCCGCGGCGGCGACGGGGACGGCAGCGGCGGCGGAGGAGGAGGUGGCUUCGACCCACCGCCCGCCUACCACGAAGUGGUGGAGACCGAGAAAAAUGAUGAAAAUGGGAACUGCUCUGGUGAAGGUAUUGAGUUUCCAACCACUAACUUGUAUGAACUGGAGAGCAGAGUUUUAACAGAUCACUGGUCCAUACCCUAUAAACGAGAAGAGUCUCUGGGCAAAUGCCUAAUUGCAUCCACCUACCUAGCAAGGCUGGGUCUUUCUGAUUCUGAUGAAAACUGCAAGAGGUUUAUGGACAGAUGCAUGCCUGAAGCAUUUAAAAAGCUGUUGACAUCCAGUGCUGUUCACAAAUGGGGAACUGAAAUCCAUGAAGGAAUAUACAACAUGCUUAUGCUGCUAGUGGACCUGGUUGCAGAAAGAGUGAAACAAGAUCCCAUUCCUGUGGGCCUGCUCAGUGUACUUACAAUGGCAUUUAACCCUGACAAUGAAUAUCACUUCAAGAAUCGAAUGAAGGUGUGCCAGAGAAACUGGGCAGAAGUCUUUGGGGAGGGGAACAUGCAUGCUGUCUCACCCAUGUCCACUUUCCAGAAGGAACCACAUGGAUGGCUGGUGGAUCUGGUAAACAGGUUUGCAGAGCUGGGUGGAUUUUCAGCAAUUCAGUCCAAACUCAAUUCAGAAGAUAUUGAACUUGGGGCAAUCUCUGCGUUAGUUCAGCCAUUUGGAGUUUGUGCAGAGUACCUCAACUCUUCUGUAGUACAGCCCAUGCUGGAUCCAGUCAUUCAUAAAAUGAUUAAAUAUGUGCAGAACGUAGAGGAGAAGGACUUGAAAGACAAGAGGCUGGUCAGCAUCCCCGAGCUCCUGUCUGGUAUCAAGCUGCUGUGUAUGCGCUUCCAGCCUGACUUGGUGACCGCGGUGGAUGACUUACGGCUGGACAUCCUGCUGCGCAUGCUGAAAUCUCCUCACUUCAGUGCAAAAAUGAAUUCCCUCAAAGAGGUAACAAAACUGAUAGAAGACAGCACCGUGUCCAAGUCGGUGAAGAAUGCAAUAGACACAGACCGGUUGCUGAACUGGCUGGUAGAAAACUCUGUCCUGUCAAUUGCUUUAGAAGGUAAUAUAGACCAAGCACAAUACUGUGAUCGUAUAAAGGGAAUUAUUGAACUGCUGGGCAGUAAAUUAUCUUUAGAUGAACUCACUAAAAUUUGGAGAAUUCAGUCAGGACAAUCUUCCACUGUGAUUGAAAAUAUCCAUACCAUUAUUGCUGCAGCUGCUGUGAAGUUUAGCUCUGAUCAGCUCAAUCAUUUAUUUGUUCUAAUUCAAAAGAGCUGGGAGACAGAGAGUGACAGAGUCAGGCAGAAGCUGUUGAGCCUGAUAGGGCGCAUCGGUCGAGAAGCUCGUGUGGAGACCACCACUGGCAAGGUUCUGGAGGUACUUUGGGAGCUGGCUCACCUUCCAACAUUGCCAUGUAGUCUUAUUCAGCAGGCCUUGGAGGAACAUCUGACAAUCCUCAGUGACGCCUAUGCGGUGAAAGAGGCAAUCAAAAGGAGCUACAUCAUCAAGUGCAUAGAGGAUAUUAAGAGGGUUGGUUUCUUAUUCUCUCUUUUCCAAAAUGAACAGGAUGGGCCCAAGUCAUCCCAGCACAAUAAUCCUCAGUUUGUGUGGGUGGUGCCAGCGCUGCGUCAACUCCAUGAAAUCACACGCUCAUUUAUUAAGCAAACUUACCAAAAGCAAGACAAGAGUAUUAUUCAAGAUUUAAAGAAAAACUUUGAAAUAGUGAAGCUGGUGACAGGAAGCUUGAUCUCCUGCCACCGUUUGGCUGCAUCUGUGGCAGGCCCAGGAGGACUUGUUGGAGCAACCCUGGUGGAUGGCCGAUACACUUACCGGGAGUAUUUGGAGGCACAUCUAAAAUUUUUGGCAUUUUUUCUGCAAGAAGCAACCCUUUAUUUGGGCUGGAACCGUGCCAGGGAGAUCUGGGAGUGCCUUGUAACUGGCCAGGAUGUUUGUGAAUUAGAUCGAGAGAUGUGCUUUGAGUGGUUUACAAAAGGACAGCAUGAUCUAGAGAGUGAUGUACAGCAGCAGCUCUUCAAAGAGAAGAUUCUUAAACUGGAGUCAUAUGAAAUUACUAUGAAUGGUUUUAGUUUAUUUAAGACUUUCUUUGAAAAUGUGAACCUGUGUGACCAUCGACUGAAGAGGCAGGGAACUCAGCUGAGUGUAGAAAAACUGGAAUUAAUAGGGAUGGAUUUCAUUUGGAAGAUCGCAAUGGAGUCGCCUGAUGAAGAAAUUGCCAAUGAAGCUAUUCAGUUGAUAAUAAAUUAUAGCUACAUUAACCUGACUCCUAGAUUGAAAAAGGAUUCAGUAUCGCUGCACAAGAAGUUCAUUGCUGAUUGCUACACACGGUUAGAGGCAGCCAGCUCUGCACUCGGUGGUCCAACGUUAACACAUGCUGUUACAAGAGCUACAAAAAUGCUUACAGCAACUGCUAUGCCUACAGUAGCAACAUCAGUUCAGUCUCCUUACAGGUCGACUAAACUGGUAAUAAUUGAGAGGCUGCUGCUGCUGGCAGAGCGUUAUGUGAUAACAAUAGAGGACCUCUACUCUGUUCCCCGAACUAUUCUACCUCAUGGUGCCUCUUUCCAUGGACAUAUUUUAACACUUAAUGUUACUUAUGAGUCUACCAAAGAUACCUUCACCAUAGAGGCUCACAGCAAUGAAACUGUAGGGAGCAUCAGGUGGAAGAUAGCCAAGAUGUUGAAUUCUCCCAUUGAUAACAUCCAGAUAUUUGCCAAUGACAGCCUGCUAACUGUAAACAAAGAUCAGAAACUGCUCCACCAAUUAGGCUUCUCUGAUGAGCAAGUCCUUACAGUAAAAACAUCAGGCAGUGUGACUCCAUCGGGGAGCUCGGCAGAUUCCUCAACCAGUUCCAGCAGCAGCAGCAGUGUUUUUAGUUCAUCCUAUGCAAUGGAACAGGAGAAAUCCCUCCCUGGAUUGGUCAUGGCUCUCGUGUGUAAUGUGUUUGAUAUGCUUUACCAGCUUGCCAAUUUAGAGGAGCCAAGGAUAACACUGAGAGUGAGGAAACUUCUGCUUCUGAUUCCCACUGACCCAGCUAUUCAGGAGGCUCUUGAUCAGCUUGAUUCCCUGGGAAGGAAGAAAACACUGCUCUCAGAAUCGAGUUCUCAGUCUUCAAAAUCACCAUCCUUGUCUUCAAAACACCAACAUCAGCCCAGUGCUAGUUCAAUACUAGAAAGUCUUUUUAGAUCUUUUGCUCCAGGCAUGUCCACCUUCAGAGUGCUCUACAAUUUAGAGGUACUGAGCUCCAAGCUGAUGCCAACUGCAGAUGAUGAAAUGGCAAGAAACUGUGCUAAGUCUUUCUGUGAAAACUUCCUCAGAGCAGGAGGUUUGAGUUUGGUGGUGAAUGUAAUGCAGAGAGACUCCAUCCCAUCAGAGGUGGACUAUGAAACAAGACAAGGAGUGUAUUCCAUCUGCCUGCAGCUUGCAAGGUUCUUGCUUGUUGGCCAGACAAUGCCUACCUUGCUGGAUGAGGAUUUCAUUAAAGAUGGGGUGGAAGCGUUGUCCUCACGCCCCUUCCGUAACGUCAGCAGGCAGGCCAGCAGGCAGAUGUCCAUCUGUGGAACACCUGAGAAGUCAUCCUACCGACAGCUCUCUGUGUCUGACAGAUCCUCCAUUAGGGUGGAAGAAAUCAUACCAGCAGCAAGGGUUGCCAUACAAACUAUGGAGGUGAAUGAUUUCACUUCCACAGUGGCUUGCUUCAUGCGACUGUCUUGGGCUGCUGCUGCAGGACGUCUGGACCUCGUGGGAAGCAGUCAGCCAAUUAAAGAGAGCAGCACUUUAUUUCCUGCUGGGAUUCGAAACAGGCUUAGCAGCUCAGGAAGCAACUGCAGCUCAGGAAGUGAAGGAGAGCCAACUGCACUGCAUGCUGGGAUCUGUGUGAGACAGCAGUCUGUGUCCACCAAAGAUGCUUUGAUUGCUGGAGAAGCCUUGUCUCUCUUAGUUACCUGCCUUCAGCUACGCAGUCAGCAGCUAGGAUCUUUUUACAAUUUGCCUUGUGUUGCUGAUUUCAUCAUUGACAUACUGCUUGGAUCACCAAGUGCUGAGAUCCGUCGUGUGGCCUGUGACCAGCUGUACACCCUUAGCCAGACAGACACAUCAGCUCACCCAGAUGUACAAAAGCCAAACCAGUUUCUCCUGAGUGUUGUUCUUGGUGCCCAGCUGCCUCUUUGGUCACCAACCAGCAUCAUGAGAGGAAUCAACCAGAGACUUCUGUCCCAGUGCACAGAAUAUUUUGACCUGAGAUGUCAGUUGCUGGAUGACCUCACAUCAUCAGAAAUGGAGCAGCUGAAGAUAAGCCCAGCUGCCAUGUUGGAAGAUGAGAUCACCUGGCUGGACAAUUUUGAACCCAACCGCACAGCUGAGUGCGAGACCAGUGAAGCUGAUAACAUCCUGCUAGCAGGACACUUGAGGCUUAUCAAGACUCUCCUGUCACUUUGUGGGGCAGAGAAGGAAAUGGUUGGUUCAUCUCUGAUCAAGCCAUUGUUGGAUGAUUUCCUCUUCCGAGCCUCCAGGAUUAUUCUGAACAGCCAUUCCCCAGCAGGCAGUGCUGCAAUCAGUCAACAAGACUUCCAUCCAAAGUGCAGUACAGCAGAUAGCAGAUUAGCUGCUUAUGAGGUGUUAGUGAUGCUGGCUGAUAGCUCCCCUUCCAAUCUCAAGCUUAUUACCAAAGAGCUGCUUUCAAUGCACCAUCAGUGUGACCCUGCACUUACCAAGGAGUUUGAUUAUCUUCCACCAGUGGACAGUCGCUCCAUUUCAGGCUUUGUGGGACUGAAGAAUGGUGGUGCCACUUGUUACAUGAAUGCUGUGUUCCAGCAGCUCUAUAUGCAGCCUGGGCUCCCAGAGGCUUUGCUUUCCAUUGAUGAUGAUACAGACAAUCCAGAUGACAAUGUCUUCUAUCAAGUUCAGUCUCUUUUUGGUCAUUUGAUGGAAAGCAAGCUGCAGUAUUAUGUACCUGAGAACUUUUGGAAGAUUUUCAAGAUGUGGAAUAAGGAACUUUAUGUUAGAGAGCAACAAGACGCUUAUGAGUUCUUCACCAGUCUCAUAGAUCAAAUGGAUGAGUACCUCAAGAAAAUAGGGAGAGACCAAAUAUUUAAGAAUACGUUUCAAGGAAUCUUCUCUGAUCAGAAGAUCUGCAAGGACUGUCCUCACAGGUAUGAGCGUGAGGAAGCCUUCAUGGCUCUCAACCUAGGUGUGACUUCUUGUCAAAGCCUGGAAAUAUCCCUGGAUCAGUUUGUUAGAGGAGAAGUUCUGGAAGGAAGCAAUGCAUACUACUGUGAGAAGUGCAAAGAAAAGAGAACGACCGUGAAGCGUACGUGCAUCAAGGUCUUGCCCAGCCUGCUGGUGAUUCACCUGAUGAGGUUUGGCUUUGACUGGGAGAGUGGACGUUCCAUUAAAUAUGAUGAACAAAUAAGGUUUCCCUGGAUGCUGAACAUGGAACCUUACACUGUGUCAGGGAUGGCUCGCCAGGACUCCUCCUCAGAAGUUGGGGACAAUGGUAGAAACAUAGAUCAAGGAGGAGGAGGAGGCUCCCCAAGGAAGAAAGUUGCCCCUACAGAAAACUAUGAGCUGGUUGGUGUGAUUGUUCACAGCGGGCAAGCACAUGCAGGCCACUACUACUCCUUUAUCAAGGACAGGAGGGGGUGUGGAAGAGGAAAAUGGUAUAAAUUCAACGACACCGUGGUCGAAGAAUUUGAUUUAACCGAUGAAACCUUGGAAUAUGAAUGUUUUGGGGGAGAGUACAGACCUAAAGUCUAUGACCAAUCUAACCCUUACCCUGACGUGCGGCGGCGCUACUGGAACGCCUACAUGCUCUUCUACCAGAGGGUGUCUGAGCAGAACUCUCCAGUCCUACCAAAGAAAAGCAGAGUCAGCGUCGUGCGGCAAGAGGCUGAGGACCUUUCCUUAUCUGCUCCAUCUUCACCAGAAAUUUCACCCCAGUCCUCACCUCGACCCCACAGGCCCAACAGUGACCGCCUCUCCAUCCUGACCAAGCUGGUUCGAAAAGGAGAAAAAAAGGGACUUUUUGUGGAGAAAAUGCCUGUGCGGAUCUAUCAGAUGGUGAGAGAUGAAAACUUGAAGUUUAUGAAGAACAGAGAUGUGUACAGUAGUGACUACUUCAGUUUUGUCCUGUCAUUAGCUUCACUAAAUGCUACUAAGGUGAAGCAUCCUUAUUAUCCAUGCAUGGCAAAGGUGAGCUUACAGCUGGCAGUUCAAUUCCUCUUCCAAACCUAUCUCCGAACCAAGAAGAAACUCAGGGCUGACACAGAAGAAUGGAUUGCCACCAUUGAUGCUCUGCUCUCCAAAAGCAUUGAUGCUUGUCAGUGGUUAGUUGAAUAUUUCGUCGGGCCAGAGGGCCGGGAGCUUGUCAAGACUUUCCUCCUGGAAUGCAGCGUAAGAGAGGUUCGAGUCGCUGUAGCCACUAUCCUUGAAAAAACCCUCGACAGUGCCUUGCUUUAUCAGGAGAAGUUAAAAAGUCUACACCAAUUAUUGGAGGUGCUACUUGCUCUGCUGGAUAAAGAUGUACCUGAAAACUGUAAAAACUGUGCUCAGUACUUUUUGCUAUUCAAUAACUUUGUACAGAAGCAGGGAAUAAGGGCUAGCAGUCUUCUGCUGAGACACUCUGCUUUGAGGCACAUGAUCAACUUUCUCCUCGGCCCCCACCGGCAGAGUAAUCAGAACCGCAGGUGGAGUUCAGCACAAGCACGAGAGUUCGGAUACCUCCACAACACUGUAGCACUACUUGUUUUGCACUCUGAUGUCUCCUCACAAAGAAAUGUUGCUCCUGGUCUCUCUAAGCAGCGUCCCCCUUUAAGCAUCACCACUUCGGGUCCACUUUUGACGCUCCAUGAAGAAGUGGAAGCCUUGUUGUUCCUGUCAGAGGGAAAGCCCUACUUAAUGGAGGUGAUGUACGCACUGCGAGAGCUGACCGGCUCUCUGUCGGCUCUCAUCGAGAUGGUGGUGUACUGCUGCUUCUGCAAUGAGCACUUCUCCUUCACUGUGCUGCACUUCGUCAAGACUCAGCUGGAAACUGCUCCACCUCAUGAACUGAAAAACAUAUUCCAGUUACUUCAUGAGAUACUGGUUAUUGAAGAUCCAUUACACGUAGAACGCAUCAAAUUUGCCUUUGAAACUGAAAAUGGAUUAAUAGCCUUGAUGCACCACAGCAACCACGUGGACAGCAGCCGCUGUUACCAGUGUGUCAAGUUCCUUGUUACUCUGGCUCAGAAGUGUUCUACUGCAAAAGAUUAUUUCAAGGAGAAUUCCCACCACUGGAGUUGGGCUGUGCAGUGGCUACAGAAAAAGAUGUCUGAACAUUAUUGGGCUCCACAGAGCAACGUCUCCAAUGAAACAUCAACUGCAAAGACCUUCCAGCGCACCAUCUCGGCACAGGACACACUGGCCUAUGCCACAGCCUUGCUGAAUGAGAAAGAUCAGUCUGGAAGCAGUAAUGGGUCAGAAAGUAGCCCAGCCAACGAGAAUGGAGAGAGGCAUCUGCAGCAGGGCUCAGAGUCUCCUAUGAUGAUUGGUGAGCCUAAAAGUGACCUUGAUGAUGUUGACCCUUAGAAGAUACCUAUGAACAGCUCAGCUCAAACCUUUUCAAGCCUGGCACCUACCGAAACUGGAGUCCCGUUGCUUACGCCAUCAGAGUCUGGAAGAGAAGCGGCUUUCUAGGAUGGGAGGUGAUGCAGGAGGAGGUGGUUUCCCUGAAAGCUAAGAGCAUUUCUUUGUUUCUUUUUUCUUUUUCUUUCUUUUUUUUUUCAAAGCCACCAAAGGCUUUCAGCUCAAUAAAUGCUCUAGAAAACUGCACCUUCACCUUGCAGUAGUGACAGUCCAGACGCAGAAAACAAGAAGA